AUACUCUUUCUGUGUCAACUGAAACUUACCGUUUUGCUACUGUUUUUCUGAAACUGGAACUAUUUGUUCACAGCAGCAAAAUGCAGAAUGGGACUGAACUUUCUGUCAAUGAAACUUCCUCAAAAAGCUUCUCUGUGAUCAUCAAGGUGUGUGUGGUGAUCCCGUUGUUCUGCGUCUUCCUGUGCUUCAUCGCCGUCAUGCUGCAGAUCUUUGCCUCUCACAGACAGUUUUUGGACACUUCCCGUUACAUCCUGUUUGCACACAUGCUGAUCAACGACACCCUGCAGAUCCUAUCCUCUGUGUUACUCUUCCUCUGUGUGAUGGGUCGGGUCAACUUACCUCUUCUGUUCUGUGUCCCUCUGCUCUUUGUAUCUACCGGUACCUUCCAGAACACCACUUUGAUUCUGGCUGCCAUGUCACUGGAGCGUUAUGUUUCCAUUUUCUACCCUCUGCAGCGCCCGGCCUCCUGGCGCUCAGACCGUAUCUGGAUCAUUACUCUGCCUCUGUGGAUCAUCAGCUUCACUUUCCCCAUUAUUGAGUUUUCCAUCGGGAAGUACAGUCCCAAUGUAGAUGUCCUCACUACAAACAUGCUUUGCAAAGCUACUGUUAUUAACUCAUCCCCGAUGCAGGGACUGUAUCGGCUUGCUGUUUCUGUGCUUUUCUUUGCAGUGGUAAGUGUUGUCAUCCUCUUCACCUAUGUGAGGAUUGUGAUGGAAACCAGGAAGAUGCGGCAGGACAGAGCUUCAGUGAGCAAAGCCAGGCACACUGUGCUGCUGCACGGCUUCCAGCUGCUGCUGUGCUUGCUGGCGUUUACUCAGCCUAUUGCUGAAACUCUCAUUGGACUCCACACAAACUGGCCGGCUGAGGAUGUCGCCUUUUUCAAUUAUUUCUGCUUCAUCCUGAUGCCUCGCUUCCUCAGCCCGCUCAUUUAUGGCUUCAGAGAUCAGAGUCUGAGAAAGCACAUUGGGAAAAGAUUCCUCUGCUGCUCACAGAAUAGAAAACUCUUUUUCAAAUAG